AUGACGGCGGCGCAUCUUCGGCUCGUUCGAGUACUUGUAGUCGUUGCUAGGUGGUCUACGGACCUAGAUGUAAUUCUUACUUCUGGUGUUCUAGUCUUCCCUACGAAAAUAGACGGUGAAAAGAAAAGAAAAAAAAAUCUAGAACCUUCCCUGGCUGCGGCGAGCCCACGAAAUCCAACGACUGCCAGACCGCCACGGCCCUCCCCGGAAGGAAGGAAGGAAGGAACCAGGGAAUCCACACCCGCGGCGAAGGUAAUCCCCGCGAGGGCGGCGAGGGGAGGCGAGGGAAUGUUGUGGGAGUGGGAGGACGGCGACGAGGCGGCGCGGACGGGCGAGGAGGUCCCCGUCGAUUUCGACUUCUUCUCCUUCUUCGCCAAGCCCAAGGAUUACUACAAGAUACUGGAAGUUGAUUAUGAUGCGUCGGAGGAGACAAUAAGGUCGAGCUACAUCCGUCUUGCGCUGAAAUGGCACCCUGACAAGAAACAAGAUGAAGAAAAGGCAACAUCCAGAUUUCAGGACAUUAAUGAGGCAUACCAAGUACCUGGUGGAGUUUUACGAUAUGACUGCCAUAAGACUAAGAAUAAUUUUGGUACCAUUCUUCUUAGCAAUCCAGUAAAACGGCAGGAGUAUGACAAGAAAGGUGUUUUAUACGUUCAGGAUCAGAAUGCAGCGGAUUACCUGAACCGACACAAGGGUUUAAUACUUACAUGCAAUGGCCUUGGUGUAAGGUACUCGGUUGCAGGAGGCAUAGAUGCCCUAUGUUGCACAUUUGCUCCUGAAACACUGUUCCCAUCCUAUGAAAUGAAAGCAUCUGUGUUCAUGAAUGCCUUGCCAUUUUACUCAUAG